AUGCAGCUGCUCUUGGAGUGUUCGAGAGGAAAAAUUCUUCGUAAAAUCUUUGGUCCAAUCUGCGUGGACGAUGUUUAUCGCAUCAGAUAUAACCACGAGUUGUAUGAGCUGUACGGUGAUGUUGACGUGGACAGUCGAGUGAAAUCUCAAAGACUUCGCCGGCUGGGCCACGUUGCCCGCAUGGAUGAAGACGCUCCGGCUCGAAAGGUGUUUGAUGCGGUGAUUGUUGGGACACGAAAGAGAGGACGACCACGAACGCGUUGGCAAGACCAGGUGAUGGAAAACCUGUCCACACUUGGGUGUUACCAACUGGCGAAGGCGCGCUCAGGACAGAGACGCGUGGAGGCACAUUGCGCUUCAGGCUGA